AUGGAUCUGCUCCCCGAGGACGUGAUCGGAGAGGUGCUGCGCCGCCUCCCCGGGCGGAGCCUCGCGGCCUCCCGUGGCGUGUGCAGGGCGUGGCGCGCCGUCGUCGACGGUCUCAACCUGCUCCUGCCGCACAUGCUGCCGCACUCCGUCCGCGGCAUCUUCACCAACUAUUCGGGCUGCUCACGCCCGCGCUUCUUCGCCCGUCCCUGCAGCUGCUGCCCGGGGAUCGACGCCGCGUUCGACUUCAUCACGCCCGUGCAGCACGGCCAACACGGCGUGGACUGCGUGAUCGUGGACCACUGCAACGGCGUCCUCCUCUACGACGACGGCUGGUACUGGACGAACCUCUACGUCUGCAACCCCGCCACCCGACGCUGGGCGCUCCUCCCGCCUCCUCCGGGGGACCAUUACUACCCAGGCCUGUGCUUCGCCGGCGCCUACCUCGCCUUCGACCCCGCCGUGUCGCUGCACUACGAGGUCUUCCUGGUCCCAGACGUGCCCGAGAAAACCACCACUGACGACGACGAGGAGGAGGACCCGGAGGAGGGCUUGCUGGAGUGGCCACCGUCGUGCUAUCGGCUGCAGGUGUUCUCGUCGACGGCGGGAAGAUGGGAGGAGAGGGCCUUCGUCCGCGCAGGCGAGGCGGCCGGAACCGUAAAGGAGGUGCGGUCGCAUCUGGAGGAUCGUGACAGGUUCAGGGAGUAUAGCUACGGUGAGUACUGGAGAGGGGCCUUGUACGUGCAUUGCCGCGCCGGCGCUUUUGUUUCCAGGUAUGUAGUUAAAUUGGAAUUGACGGUGCAAGCUAUUGGGAUCAUGUCCUAG